AUGAAGGGAGCGUUUGUCGCCGCAGCCAUGGCGGCACUGGCCAGCAGCGCCUCGGCCGGCCACCACCGUCAUGCUCACGAGCACCUCUUCAGGAAGGCUCAGAACGAUACCAGCGCCGUCUGCGUACCCGGCUGCACCACCAUCUGGAAAACCAUUACUGGCGAGCCCACCCUCGUGGUCCGAUCCACCAAAACCGACACUCGAACUCUCACCGUGACUGCUUCUCCCGAGUCUUGCAGCGAAGCGCCGCCUCCACCGACGACCAAGGCACCUCCGCCGGCGCCUCCCACCACCGAAAUCGUCGUCGUGCCCACUCCCGUCGUUCACACGUUGCCGACCCCAGGCACCUACACGUUGUCGGCCACCACCGUCACCAUCCAGAAAACCACCACCGUCUGCGAUGCUACUUCGACCCAGGUUCCCGCCGGCACUCACACCGUUGGCGGUGUCACGACGGUUGUCGUGACGGCCACGACUGUCACCUGCCCCGUGGCCACUGUUCAAACCAGCGACGGCGUCACCACGAGCACCAUUGUCCAGACCACCUACGUCUGCCCCAGCGCCGGUACCUACACCAUUGCUCCCAUCACCACAACCGUGAGCGAGCAGACCGUCCUCGUAUAUCCCACUCCCGCUACCUACAAGCCGGGCACCUACACUGCUCCCCUGCAGGUCGUCACCGUCACCAAGACGGGCUUCGUCACCAUCUGCCCGCUUACCAGCCAGGGUCUUCCAACCUCGACUGCCGCUCCAGCUCCGACUUCCAUCAAGACACAGGUCGCUCCCCCUCCUGCUCAGAAUACACAGGUUGCUCCGCCUCCUGCCAAGACUUCACAGGCGCCCCCCCCUCCCGCCAAGUCCUCGGAGGCUCCUAAAACGUCCGAUACCUCGCCACCACCCCCAAGCACCAACGGCGGCGGCCUGGUGAGCAACAAUGACCACUUGGGCAUCACUUACACUCCCUACGUAGGCGCCACCGGCCAGUGCAAGACAGCAGGCCAGGUCGAUGCUGAUAUUGCGGGCAUCAAGAGUGCUGGUUUCUCUGUUGUGCGAGUGUACUCGACAGACUGCGACACGCUGAAGAACGUCGGCGAUGCCUGCUCCAAGCAUGGCCUCAAGAUGAUUGUGGGUGUAUUUGUCAAGGCCUCAGGCUGCAGCGUGGACACGCCCGACAUCAAGGAGCAGAUAGACAAGCUUGCCGCUUGGGACAAGUGGGAUCUUGUAGAACUUGUCGUGGUCGGUAACGAGGCCAUCAUGAACAACUACUGCUCUCCUCAGCAACUCAAGGAUCUCAUCACAGCUGUCAAGGGCAAGUGUUCUGGCAAAUACAAGGGCAAGUUCACCAUUUCGGAGACGUUGAACAUCUGGCAGCGCAAGGACGUCGCGCCCACCCUCUGUCCCGCAGUCGACCUCACCGGUGCCAACAUUCACCCGUACUUCAACAACGGAGUCAGUCCCAGUGAUGCGGGUAAGUUCGUCCAGGGCCAGAUUGACAUUCUCCAGAAGAUCUGCGACAAGGACGUCAUCACCCUGGAAUGCGGCUGGCCCUCGGGCGGUUCGAACAACGGUCUCGCCGUGGUCGGGCCCGAGGCGCAGGCCACUGCAGUCGAGUCGAUUCGGAAACAGAUCGGAAACAGGGUCAUCUUUUUCUCCCUGGAAAACGAUCUCUGGAAGCAGAAGGGCACCUGCGGCUGCGAGGACAGCUGGGGACUCGGCGCUGUUUUCAAAGUCAAGAUUCAACUGUAA